AUGGGAGCUCGUUGCUCUAAAUUUUCUCUGUGCUGGUGGCCUUCCAAUAUCAAAUCAAACCUUCAUGACUUGUCUGAUAAUGAUGAUGGGAACAAGAAUGAGAAGGAUCCUUGGGCUGGUUUCACUGAGUAUAACAUGGAUCAACUAAAACUUGCCACUUCAGGAUUUUCACCUGACAACAUUGUCUCUGAGCAUGGUGAGAAGGCUCCAAAUGUUGUUUACAGAGGAAGGCUUGAAGAUGAUAGGUUGGUUGCUGUGAAGCGCUUCACCAAGUCUGCUUGGCCUGAUUCUCGACAAUUCAUAGAGGAAGCACGAGCUGUGGGGCAGCUAAGGAAUGGACGGUUAGCUAACUUGGUUGGGUUUUGCUGUGAAGGAGAAGAGAGAUUGCUUGUUGCAGAGUUCAUGCCCAAUGAAACUCUUUCCAAACAUCUUUUUCACUGGGAGGCCCAGCCCAUGAAAUGGGCAAUGAGGCUGAGGGUGGCAUUGUAUUUAGCACAAGCUUUGGAAUACUGCAGCAGUAGAGGAAGGGCAUUGUACCAUGAUCUUAAUGCUUAUAGAAUUUUGUUUGAUGAGGAAGGCAACCCUAGACUCUCUUGUUUUGGACUCAUGAAAAACAGUAGAGAUGGCAAAAGCUAUAGCACAAAUUUAGCCUUCACUCCUCCAGAGUACUUAAGGACAGGAAGAAUCAACCCUGAAAGUGUAAUUUACAGUUUUGGCACUCUAUUGCUUGAUCUUCUUAGUGGAAAGCAUAUACCACCCAGCCAUGCACUUGACCUUAUACGAGGAAAAAAUUUUCUAUUGCUGAUGGAUUCAUGUUUGGAAGGUCAUUUUUCAAAUGAUGAUGGAACUGAGUUAGUGAGAUUAGCUUCACGUUGUUUACAAUAUGAACCUCGUGAGAGACCAAAUGCCAAGUCACUUGUGACUGCUCUAACUCCUCUUCAGAAAGAUACUUCAGUACUGUCAAAUGUUUUAUUGGGCAUACCAGAUGGGAGUCUAUCAUCAAAGGAAACAGUUUCAUUGACACCUUUUGGUGAAGCUUGUUUAAGAAGAGAUCUGACCGCAAUAUAUGAAAUUUUGGGAAAGGUGGGGUACAAGGAUGAUGAAGAUGUUGCGAAUGAGCUGUCCUUCCAAAUGUGGACAAAUCAAAUACAAGAAACACUGAAUUCUAAGAAGCAUGGUGACUCUGCUUUUCAUGCUAGAAACUUCUCUACGGCCAUUGAUUGCUAUACAGAAUUCAUCGAUGGUGGAACCAUGGUAUCACCAACAGUGUACGCGAGGCGCUGCUUAUGCUACCUGAUGGAUGGCAUGGCACAAGAAGCACUUGGAGAUGCCAUGCAAGCUCAGUCAGUGUCUCCCACAUGGCCUACUGCAUUCUAUCUUCAAGCAGUUGCACUCUUCAGCCUUGGCAUGGACAAUGAUGCACAGGAAAGUCUUAAAGACGGCACAACAUUGGAAACCAGAAAGCAUAGAAAUUGAAACUGUAUAGUUUUUCUUUUUCCCUUUCUUCUCCUUCCCUUCAUUUA